AUAAUCGUUGUCAGAUUGUUUAAUUACAGACCUGUGUCCUCGUGCAUUUUACGGCUUAUGCUUGGGCAGUUCCUGUUGACAGGUUUUCAGUUUAGCCGCUUUCCCUGGUGGAAGCAUGCGCAGUCUUUUAAGCGAUUCCCUUCUAAAAGCGUCAUAGGAGUAGCCCGCGUUAUUGCAGGUUAAACGCGCCCACUUGAGUGAUUGUGACUGUUUUUUUUUGGUUUGCCGAACUAUUUUGCUUUGUACACACUGCUGAUGUAGCGCGGGCUUAGUCGCGUGCUUAUUUACCUUCAGUGCGCAGUUGGAGCGUCUCGCAGCGCCUUUUUGACGUAGUGCACAUGGAAGGGGGGAGGGGAGGGUCGGUUUAAUCACGUCAAUGUAUCGGUGUCUGGCGAGAACGAUCAGGAUUGAGCUUUGAUUGCAGAUACGGCCUCUCCUUCCACAAGUUCCGUGCUGGAAGGUGUUCAAGUCCUGGAGGGAAAUGCCAGCGGUUUUUUCUGUAAACGGCGACGGGUUCUGUCCAGGCCUCUGAUGGGGCUGACGGAAUCUGGAGCAAAAAGGCGCGUAAUUUUGGUGAGCAACAGGUUAUCAACGAGGGCGCCCCUCCUUGUUUUUUUUUUGUUGGUGAAAGUCACAUGAGACAGUCGCUUAAGACAGACCCUGUCUUUGACAGGUGUCACGUUAUCUCGCCUCUACGUUUGUCUACUCUGAUGUCGGCCUACAUCAUUUGCACGUGCCAGCACCGCACGGAAUCUCCGGAGUAGUGCCAGCUGUUGGGUGAUCUAUGCCAGCAAUUAUGACAAUGUUAGCAGACCAUGCAGCUCGUCAGCUGCUGGACUUUAGCCAGAAACUGGAUAUCAACUUGUUGGACAGUGUGGUGAAUUGCUUGUAUCAUGGUGAAGGCCCACAGCAACGAAUGGCCCAAGAGGUGUUAACUCAUUUGAAAGAACAUCCAGAUGCUUGGACAAGAGUUGAUACAAUUCUGGAAUUUUCCCAAAAUAUGAACACCAAAUAUUAUGCACUGCAGAUUUUGGAAACUGUUAUUAAAACCAGAUGGAAGAUUCUUCCCAGAAACCAGUGUGAAGGAAUCAAGAAGUAUGUGGUUGGGCUCAUUAUUAAAACUUCUUCUGAUGCAGCAAAUGUUGAGAAAGAAAAAGUAUAUAUUGGAAAACUGAACAUGAUUCUUGUGCAGAUUCUUAAACAAGAAUGGCCUAAACAUUGGCCAACCUUUAUAAGUGACAUCGUUGGAGCAAGUAGGACCAGUGAAAGUCUCUGUCAGAACAACAUGAUCAUUCUGAAGUUGUUAAGUGAAGAAGUUUUUGAUUUCUCUAGUGGUCAGAUGACUCAAGUGAAAGCAAAGCAUUUAAAAGACAGCAUGUGUAAUGAAUUUUCACAAAUAUUCCAGUUAUGCCAGUUUGUAAUGGAGAACUCUCAGAAUGCCCCUCUUGUUCAUGCAACUCUAGAAACAUUACUAAGAUUCCUAAAUUGGAUUCCGCUUGGCUAUAUAUUUGAAACAAAACUGAUCAGUACACUUGUAUAUAAGUUCUUAAAUGUACCUAUGUUCAGAAAUGUCACUUUGAAGUGUCUGACUGAGAUUGCUGGUGUGAGUGUCAGUCAGUAUGAAGAACAGUUUGUUACUCUCUUCACCUUGACAAUGAUGCAGCUAAAACAGAUGCUUCCCCUUAAUACUAAUAUCCGACUUGCUUACUCAAAUGGAAAGGAUGAUGAGCAAAAUUUUAUUCAAAACCUCAGUUUAUUUCUAUGUACAUUUUUAAAAGAACAUGGUCAACUCAUAGAAAAAAGAUUAAGUCUUCGAGAGACACUGAUGGAAGCUCUUCAUUACAUGCUGUUGGUCUCUGAAGUAGAAGAAACUGAAAUAUUUAAGAUUUGUCUGGAAUACUGGAAUCAUUUGGCAGCAGAGCUCUAUAGGGAGAGUCCAUUUUCAACAACGGCCUCACCAUUGCUGUCUGGAACUCAACAUUUUGAUGUACCACCAAGAAGGCAACUAUAUUUACCAGUACUGUCUAAAGUGCGUCUGCUUAUGGUAAGUCGAAUGGCCAAACCAGAAGAAGUAUUAGUUGUUGAAAAUGACCAAGGAGAGGUUGUAAGAGAGUUUAUGAAGGAUACAGAUUCAAUCAACUUGUAUAAGAACAUGAGGGAAACGCUUGUAUACCUGACACAUUUGGACUAUGCAGAUACAGAACGUAUUAUGACAGAAAAGCUGCAUAACCAGGUGAAUGGUACAGAGUGGUCUUGGAAAAAUCUGAAUACUCUCUGUUGGGCUAUUGGCUCAAUAAGUGGAGCGAUGCAUGAAGAGGAUGAAAAGAGGUUCCUUGUUACAGUUAUAAAGGAUCUUUUGGGACUGUGUGAGCAGAAGAGAGGGAAAGACAACAAAGCAAUUAUUGCUUCAAAUAUAAUGUAUAUUGUAGGUCAAUAUCCAAGGUUUCUUAGAGCGCACUGGAAGUUUCUUAAAACAGUAGUCAACAAGCUCUUUGAAUUUAUGCAUGAGACCCACGAUGGUGUUCAGGAUAUGGCUUGUGAUACAUUUAUUAAAAUUGCCCAGAAAUGUCGUAGACACUUUGUGCAGGUACAAGUGGGAGAAGUGAUGCCUUUCAUUGAUGAAAUUUUGAAUAACAUCAACACAAUCAUAUGUGAUCUUCAGCCACAGCAAGUUCAUACAUUCUAUGAAGCUGUUGGUUAUAUGAUUGGUGCACAGACUGACCAAGCUGUACAGGAACACUUGAUAGAAAAAUACAUGCUUCUACCUAAUCAAGUAUGGGACAGCAUUAUACAGCAAGCAACAAAAAAUGUGGAUAUUCUGAAAGACCCAGAAACAGUGAAGCAGCUUGGAAGUAUCCUCAAAACGAAUGUCCGGGCAUGUAAAGCUGUUGGACAUCCUUUUGUAAUUCAGCUUGGCCGGAUCUACUUGGAUAUGCUUAAUGUAUACAAGUGCCUCAGUGAAAAUAUUUCAGCUGCUAUUCAGACAAAUGGUGAAAUGGUUACCAAGCAACCAUUAAUAAGAAGUAUGCGAACAGUAAAAAGAGAAACUCUGAAACUGAUAUCUGGAUGGGUGAGCAGGUCUAAUGAUCCUCAAAUGGUUGCAGAAAAUUUUGUGCCACCACUUUUAGAUGCUGUGCUUAUUGAUUAUCAGAGGAAUGUACCAGCAGCCAGAGAACCAGAAGUGCUCAGUACUAUGGCCACAAUUGUGAACAAGUUAGGUGGUCAUAUUACAGCUGAAAUUCCACAGAUAUUUGACGCAGUCUUUGAAUGCACUUUAAAUAUGAUUAACAAGGAUUUCGAGGAAUAUCCAGAGCAUCGAACAAAUUUCUUUUUAUUGUUACAAGCUGUCAAUUCACACUGUUUCCCGGCAUUCCUGGCUAUUCCUCCUGCACAGUUUAAGUUGGUUUUGGAUUCUAUAAUCUGGGCAUUCAAACACACAAUGAGGAAUGUUGCUGACACUGGUCUACAGAUACUUUAUACCUUACUUCAGAAUGUUGCUCAGGAGGAGGCUGCUGCUCAGAGCUUCUACCAGACUUAUUUCUGUGACAUCCUUCAGCAUAUCUUCUCUGUAGUAACGGAUACCUCCCAUACGGCUGGUCUAACAAUGCAUGCGUCAAUUCUUGCUUACAUGUUUAACUUGGUAGAAGAAGGUAAAAUUAACGCCAGCCUGAAUCCAGCAAAUCCAGUUAACAACCAGAUAUUUACUCAGGAAUAUGUGGCCAACCUUUUGAAAUCUGCCUUCCCACAUUUGCAAGAUGCGCAAGUUAAAGUUUUUGUAACAGGAUUAUUCAGCUUAAAUCAAGACAUACCUGCUUUCAAAGAGCAUUUAAGGGACUUUCUUGUGCAAAUUAAGGAGUUUGCUGGUGAAGACACAUCUGACCUCUUCUUGGAAGAAAGAGAAGCUUCCCUACGACAAGCGCAGGAAGAAAAACACAAGUUACAGAUGUCUGUGCCUGGAAUAUUAAAUCCACACGAAAUUCCAGAAGAAAUGUGUGAUUGAAAAAUCAUAUACCAAGCCAAGUUUUGUCAGAUUACUUCUAAAUUGUUCGCGUUCAGAAGUGAACUGCACUUGGGUAUUUGUUGACCAAAACAAUGCCAAUAUGUAAAUUAUACUGUGUCACAUAGUGGCCCUUUUUACUUAGUAUGCGUUUUGUAUGAAAACUUUCUUGUGUAAUAUCUUUCCAUUGUUAAAGCUUAUGUUUGGUCAUCUUAAUUUAGAUCUGCAUGAGGUUGUAAGAAAUAAAGCAUUUUAAAUUUCUUGCCCAUUUUUAUUUUUUUAGGCAAGAGAAGCUAUUGUGUAAACUUGUAUGUGUAAAGGCCUCUGCAAAAUGGCUUCUAAAACUAUUCUAUUGCUGAUAACCAAUUUUUGGUGGGAUACUACAGAUGUAUCGCACAGUCUUGAAGAAUCAAUGCAAGGAAGUGUGGGUUAAAGAUGCUGCUUUUUUGUCAACAGUGUAGAGUUAGGUUUGGUUUGAAUGGUUGUUCUUGACUAAAUUACCAUUGAUUUUCUUGCUAGACACAUUUUUUUGCAGCAGGAUUAUGUGCAUAUCAUCCCAUUGUAAAGCAUCGUUAAAAGCUCGGGAACACAACAGUUGAGUUAUUUUUAUUUUUUUGUGCGUGUUUGGGGGUGUGUGUGUGUGUGUGCGCUGUCGCGUUGUCGACAACAGCUUUUGUUUUCCUCAAUGAGGAGUGUUGCUCAUUUGUGAGCCUUCAUUAAUUCGAAGUGAAAGUGGUUAAAAAUAUUUAUCAAUUAGCAUAGGCCGCAUCUUUAUAACAACUCAUGUUAAUUCUGAUGGCUUUUGAGAUGACUUGUACUAAUUUACAUUGUUUACCAUGCUGUAGUGCUUCAAGAACACUACUUAAGAGCAAAAUAAACUUGGUUUACAUUUAAUUUUG